AUGAAUGACUCGAUUAGAUUCAUAAAAAAUAAUCCGAAGAUAAUUUUCACAAGAGCUGAUAAAGGGAAUACAACAGUGGCAUUAGAUAGAGAUAGCUACAUAGAUAAGAUCACUAGAAUGUUAGACGACAAAAAAACAUAUAUAAAAUUAACUAAAAAUCCGAUUAACAAAUUAGCCAAAAAUGUUCAGGAAUUAUUAAAAAAAUGGAAAUCGAAGAAUUUUAUUUCUGAACCAACCUAUAGAAAAUUGAGGAGUAGUGACGGAAUUUUACCGAGAGCAUACGCGCUACCGAAGAUUCAUAAAGAGGGAACGCCUUUCAGAAUUAUAAUCUCGUCCUUAGACAGUCCAAUGUAUUCUUUGGCUUCGUUUUUACACGAAAUAAUAUCUAAAAAUGUAGAGAGGCCUUUUAGCAAAAUAGACAAUAGUUUUCAAUUAGUAAAAAAAUUAAGGGGGACUCAAAUUGAUGAGAAUUUUUCGUUAAUAUCGUUAGAUGUAGUUUCAUUGUUCACGAAUGUUCCAAUUGAUUUUGCGAUUAAGAGCAUAGAGAAAAGAUGGAAUAAAAUUAAGAAAGGUAUUAGUAUUCCUAAAAAAGAAUUUAUUGGAGCCGUAUCCUUAGUAUUAGAAUCAACUUUCUUUGCGUUCAAUGAUGAGUAUUAUCAGCAAAAAUUUGGUACUCCUAUGGGGUCACCUCUCUCUCCGAUCAUUGCAGACCUUGUGAUGCAGGAUUUGGAGACAGAGGUGUUAGGCAAAUUGGAAUUUCCUGUUCCAUUCUAUAUCAGAUAUGUUGAUGAUAUUAUAAUGGCGGCUCCAGUUGAGACAAUAGGACAGAUUUUGACUGCUUUCAAUGCAGUACACAAUAGACUUCAGUUUACAUUGGAAAUUGGUGGGGAGAGUAUCAAUUUUUUGGAUGUGACAAUAAUUAAGAAUGACGGAAUGUUAGAAUGUGAUUGGUACCAUAAGCCUACUUUUUCGGGACGGUAUUUGAAUUUCUUAUCUUCACAUCCAAUAUCACAAAAAAGAGGUGUAGUUUUUGGAAUGAUUGAUAGAGCUAUUUUAUUAUCAGAAGAAAAAUUUUAUUAUAAGAACAUUAAAUUAGUUAUUAAUACGCUGUUAAGGAAUGACUAUCCAAUUGAGUUCAUUUUUGACACUAUUUCUCUAAGAUUAAAAUGUUUAUUUUCGAGACGUGGUCGGAUGGAACAAGAUUCUAAGUCCAAGAAUGAUGAUUCUGAAAGGGAUGAAGGAACUCCUUGGUUUUUAAUUCCGUAUACGAAUAAUACAUCGAAGGAUUUUUUAAGAAUUUGCAAAAAAGAAAACUUAAGACCUGCGUUCUAUAGUAACAAUAAAUUGAGUAGGUUCAUCAAGGUUCAGAAGGAUGUUCUCCCCAAAAAUCAAAAUAAAAAUGUAAUAUACAAAAUAACUUGUAAAGACUGUGAUGCUUCUUAUGUAGGACAAACGGGUAGAAAAUUGAUCUCGAGAAUUACGGAACAUCGGAAUCAUAUCAAUUGGAAUACGAAUUCACAGUCUGUCAUCACGAAUCACAGAACGGAAUUGAAUCAUGACUUUGAUUGGGAGAACAUUCAAAUUCUGGAUCGUGAGAGAAUAUUGAAUAAAAGACUAAUUUCUGAAAAAGCGCACAUUCUUAUGCAAAAAAAUGGAUUGAAUUUGCGUUCUGACAGGGAAGGUUUACAUCAUACAUAUACGACGAUGUUAUGUGAAAUGACUAAUUAA